AUGCCACGAAGUGAACGACAAAGGGUUCUACUACGAAUAUUCCUCGACUGUUUUGAGGCCCUUCGCAUUAAAGAGAUUGAAGCAGCAAAACGGGAUCUGGAUAGGUGUCGGCGGGAUAGAAAUUCUGCUUUGCUGAAGGAAUCUCCUAGAGUCGACGAGCAUGUAGCACCCGUAGAAAAUCCGGAGUCUUCUCUUCCUGACUCGCUGGAACCAAAAACAAAGCGAGCGCGCUGUCGUGGUCCCGCUUCUUGCACUCGUGCAGAGAGACGAGGGGACAAAGUACCUUCAGUCUGUUCAACCGAGUGGACAACACCACCAAAACUCACUGCACAAAAUGAUGUGCAACAUGAAGACUUGUCAUGGAAUCGUUCGCCUGUACCAUACUCGAAGUCGUCCAGUGCAAUUCAGCAGCUUGAAAAGCGGGUGACACGUAAUAUGGAUGCCUUGGUUCAAGCUUAUACUAACACACGGAAAAACUACGAAGGAUCGGAAGGUCACGAAGGCAGGAUAGUUGAGUCUUCCUCUUGCGAUUCGGAACUCUCAGAAUUCGGAAAGAUCAUUGAAGAAACAACUCGAUAUGGUGAAACGGUUCAGUUAGCCUCACUGAAGUACGAUAUCUCUAGUGCAGCGUACCAGUCAACGGUGUCGAGCUUGGAGUUUUCCUCUGCUGAUAACUCUCUCUUCUCAGUGGCCGACAUUUCAAGAACUAUCCAAGUAUUCGAUAUAAAGACUGUCCUUAAAGAACCGUUGGAGUUCCAUUAUCCCAUUGCAAAAAUGGAUUGUAAUGCGAAAAUCAGCUGUGUCGCAUGGAGUCCUCUUAUGGCAUCAGUGAUGGUGAAUAGUGGAUAUGAUGGAUCUGUUACUGUCUGGGACAUAAACAAGGUGAGGAGGUUGCGGAAGUUCAACGAACAUGAGAAGAGGUGCUGGUCAGUGAGCUUUGCCAGGACGGACAACCAUAUCUGUGCUACAGGAAGCAACGAUUGCUCGGUGAAAAUUUGGAACCUCAACAUGGCAAAUUCCGUUAUGACCAUAAGGCCAUAUUUCGUAGUGUGUACUGUAAAUUUCGGUUUCACCAAAAACGAAUUAGCUGUUGGAUCCGCAGACCGUUCGGUUUACUUGUACGACCUCCGCCAACCUUUGCGACCUCUCACUGUUUUCGCAGGACAUCGUCAGGCUGUUUCUUAUGUUCGCUACCUUAACAAGGAGGAAAUAGUUUCAGCAUCAACCGAUAAUAAUCUUCGAUUGUGGAACACUCGAUCAGGGGAGUGCACCCGUGUCUUCUAUGGCCAUAGGAACACAAAGAACUUUGUUGGGCUCAGCUCCUGCGGCGACCACAUAUUGACUGGCAGUGAGGAUAACCGAGCAUAUGUUUAUUACAAGACAGCCAGCCGUCCUAUUCUCUGUUAUGAUGUAGAUUCUACGCAAAGUAUUGUAAGUGGCUUCGAUUCUGACCCGUCAACAUUCGAGAACGAUUCGGAGGUUUUCGUUUCGGCGGUUGCUUGGCGUCCGGACUCUGACGAGGUUCUUGUUGGUAACAGUGUUGGGAAAGUUGAUGUUCUCAAGCUGCUCUGA